AUGCCACAUAUCAGUGCCUACCAGUGCACAUCAAUGCCACCUAUCAGUGCUCCUAUCAGUGCCAGUCAGUGCCACCUAUCAGUGCCAGUCAGUGGCACCUAUCAGUGCCUGUCAGUGCUGACUAGUGUGCAUCAGUGCCACCUAUCAGUGCCCGUCAAUGCUGCCUAUCAGUGCCACCUAACAGUGCCAGUCAGUGCCACCUAAAAGUGCCAGUCAGUGCCACCUAUCAGUGCCAGUCAGUACCGCCUAUCAGUGCCACUUAUCAGUGCUGCCUAUCAGUGCCAUAAAUGAGUGCUGCCUUUCAGUACCAAUCAGUAAUGCCUGUCAAUGCCCAUCAGUGCCACCUACCAGUGCCUCCUCAUCAGUGCCACCUAUCAGUACCCAUCAGUGCCACCUAU